ACAGGACUCAGAAAUGAGCGCUAAAACAGGCGGGCUUCGAAAAGUGUCCGAAGGAUUGUCAGAUUUAGAAAUCUUUGAAUCGGAAAAUCCUCCAAGUGCAUCGUGCUCGGAGCUGACACAAGCCAGCAUCCAAAUGUCCAUGUCCCAGCCCAGCUCCGGGACUCACACGCCUGUCAAGUUUCAGACAUCCUCAAGUCUUCAGUGUUCCAGAGGUUUGCCCUCUCCUGCUGUUCAGAGCAAGCCCAAUGUUCUGAGCCUACAGCCCCAAUCUGCUCACAGUUCCCCACCUCCUCAACAACUAUUUGGACAUCCUUACAUAGAAUGGCUGGAGAAGACUGUUUUCCCUGUUUUACUACCUGGACUUGAGGCUUUGCAGAAAGAAGUUUUGAAACAGGGAUGUUUAAAGCUAAAGGUAACUGCAUUCAAUCCAUGUGACUUCCUGACCGAGUGGCUUUACAACCAAAAUCCACGUCGACAAGGACAGAAGCCAGUACAAUGGAGUGACAUCCCAUUUGUGAAGAACUGGCUUAGCAUCCAUCCUCGGCCGCCCUUGCCUUUAUUUUUACUACUUAGUGAAGCACAGGCCUCUCUGAUCAUCCAGUCUUUUUGGAGAGGAUACAAGGUGAGGGCACGGCCAGAUGUGCAGGAGCUCCGACAGUGGCAGAAGGAACUGAGAGACAAUCAAGACAUAGUCAAAACAGUGGAGAAGUUCUGGGCACAACAAGAAAGCAGAGUUGGUUCGUCCAUGACAGAUCUUCCUGAAAGUCCUCAGCUGGAGAACUCGGACUUCUCUAUUCAGGUCAUGUCACCGACUCCACAGAGCACCGUGGUCCACACCCCCACCAUCCAGGUGACCCCCGGUGAGUGGCUGACCCCCAGUUUGGGCGGACUGGCUGACAUAGGCUCUGAUGGUCUGCUGGCUAAGUUCACUGUACCUGAUUCCAGUGUGAAAUCAUUGGCUGCAGUUUCUCCUUCUUUAGUGGGGUCUCACGGCCCUAAUGAAACCCAUAUGAAUAACUGA